UGGAGCGCAUAAGCAAUGUGUGUGUGCAUUGUGUGUGUGCGCUGUGUGCAAGUCUUCUGAGCAUUUCCUUAUUCCCACACUGAGCAAGGGCAGAGAAAGAGAAAGAGAACCACACCUCGCCAAAGCCUGAGCUUAAGAAAAGUUUCUCUGGGCCCAUUUUGGAACAAUUUUGGGGAAGAAAGCAAAGCCAAGAAGGAUCCCCCAAAGGCCAACCAAGCAUUGGUUUCUUUCCCAACCUUUCAGGAAAGCCAGGUUUCGUUCCACCAGCAUCAACAGAAGUCUCCAUCAUCCAAGACCUCCUCCACUGCUGGCUGUGCCGCCGCCAUCUCUCCGUGGCACGAUUUCACACCUGCCAUAGAAGCUCAAGGAAUAAUCUUGGAGACGGCGGUUGUCCUUUGAGUAUUUAACUCACAGUUAUCCUCGAAUCUGGAAUAGGAAGGUCCUCCAGACCACAAAGAAAAAAAGGGGGUGAUCUACAUCCCUUCCCUUGACAGCUGUUGAUCCCCGAAAAGGCAAGAAAGCUGGAAGCCUCUGCGGGUAUGAGCGAUUUCUGGCACAAGCUGGGCUGCUGCGUGGUAGAAAAACCUCAACCGAAGCGGAAAAGGCGGCGAAUCGACCGGAGCAUGAUCGGCGAGCCGAUGAAUUUCGUCCAUCUGACGCACAUCGGGUCCGGCGACAUGGCGAACGAAGGCCUUCCCAUGACAGGAGCAGUCCAGGAGAUGAGGUCAAAAUGCGGCCGAGAGCGACAGUGGAGCAACUCCCGCGUUUUGUAGCUUCGUCUGAUAUUUGCCUGCGUUCGCUCUUCCUUUCCUCCAGAGUUCCAGGCCGAUGGAGAAAAACCCAAAUAAAGGAGGCCGAAACAGAAGAGAGUGAUAUAAAUAUAUACGCAGAAACAGCCCGCACUUGAAUUACCUGUUUGACCUCGUCCGAACGAUCCGGAAAGACAGUCGGGUUUUUAAAUCCCUCCAGAUUGCAACAUUUUCCGGUCCCUUUCCCUUUUUUAAUUUCGGAUUUCAAAACCACGCCGACAAAAUACGCCGCUUGUUUCCGGCUCUUGGUCUCCCUUCGCCGAUCGCGCCGGAUCCGGGGCACCUUGAAUCCACCCUUUUCUCAUUUUCUCCUUCUUCUGUCGCAACCCAUUUUGCCAAGUUUUCGUCUCGUCUCAGCCGCCUUCCUCCAUUUUAAUUCUUGAUUUCCCCAAAAUACGAACACCGCUCAUUUCACGGACGCCACUCGGCUUGGGUUUCGCGUCCUUUUUUUGCGUUUCGAACGGGAUUUCUGGGGAGCCUUUUUUGUUUAUCCACUGGAUUUCUUAGAAAAGAUUAUUAUACUAAUUUUUGCGAACGUCGGGGGAUUUUUGCGCAAGGUUUUCGGAAGUAUCUGCGUGAGCGGAGAAUAAAUGAGAAGGAAAGGUUCGGGGAUGGCGUUGUCGCGGUUUGCCGACUACUUUCCUCUGUUUCAAUGAAGUUCACGGAGAGAAAACCAACUAUCCUGACUUGCAACUGACUACUAGAAAGUGGGAAAAUCUUUCCAGCUUUGUUUCUCCUCCAAAAUGUCUUCUCCAAUCCUCUUUUUCUAACGUCUGUUGUCUCUUUGAGCCUUCGCAUCAGGAUAGGACCUGCAAAAGUUCUCACCGGUUUUUGUGCGGUGCAAAAACUGGCACCGAAACGGACUUUAUCCGCAAACAGCGAAAGACACUGCGCAGGUUGGUUUUUCGUGGGGCGGCGAACCUGAACUUUAAAGAAGCCUGAACUUUAAAGAAGUUCCCCCAAAUAGGUUCGACCUCCUGGAUAAUGCCUUGAAUUUUCAGACUCGAACCCGGAACAGAUUCAUCCCUCUCACUUGUCUCCUUCAGCAAAAAGAGAUAAAGGGACACCGGCGCACACCGCUUUGUGCGCAGCGACAUCGCAGGGUGCGUCCGCGCUGGAGAAAUAACGUGGUUUGAUGCCGCUAUAACUGCCAUGGAAGCCUAGGAUUUGUCGUUUGUUGUGGCACCUCUGACAAAGAAGGCGAAAUAUCUCCCCAAACGACAAAUCCUGGUGUCCCAUAACAUGGAGAUGUGGGGUUUAAACUGGAUUGUUUCUACAGUGCAGACUGUCUUUUAUUGUGGGUUUUAACACAACAGAGGGAACCAGUGAACAUCACAGAGGAAAACAUACCAUGGACUUGGUAUUUUGGGGGUAUGCUUUCAAUGCUGGGGGUAUUGCUUUGACAGUGCGCUUUUCCGUGCCAACGUUUUAAGUUAAAAGCUUAAAAUUGACGCAGGCGCAUUGGGUCGCCGGAUGCGCCAUUGCCGUAAGGAACAGUCCCAAUUAAUCCUCAACUGUCCCACUUUCUCAACUGCUUUUGAAAUGUCCCAGUUUCUCUCCCACAUUUCUCUUUCAUCCUCAGCUUGCUUCCAUUGCUGCAAAAAUGAUUUGAUUCCCAUUCACUCGGCAAAGGUCCGCAAAGGGUCUCGUCCUUCCCAGUCGGCUCAGGCAAAAGCAAACGGCUGCGGCUUCUCCUUACUUGUCUAUUUCCAGUUUUUGCCCUCUUGGCCACCCUCCGAUGUUUCCCAGCCAUAUGUUUCCCAGUUGUGAAAUGUUGAAGAUUUGCAAACCUGAUCCUAUAUCCAUUACCUCCCUCAAAAUGCCCAUCGUUUCCUUCAUUCAUCCCAUGAGAAUCUCAUGCUGGGACACGUUUUUUGCAAGCGGAAGAGAAAAACCCAGUUUGGACCGGGAGGGAAAGUACCCAAAUAUUUCAAAUUCCCCUUUCAGUCCUGAAACCUGGACAUCUGGAGGACUUUCCAGCCUUGGUUUGGGAUUAAUCUGUGACUCUAUUCCCCUCCUUUCUGUACUUUUUUGGUUACUCUGCCGUUGCAAACAACGGGAUGCCAAAAUGGCUGAACCCUGGAGUCAGUUUCCACUUCGCACAGAAAGCCAACCCUACUAUUAGUUUAGAAUAGUCCCUCCACAUUUGCGGCUUUGCCUUUUGUGGUUAUUGACGGACUUGAUAAAUGUGUUCUCUCUAGGGAUCUCCAGGUUCUCCGGCGCAACCCUGCCAAAAUUUGACCAUUUUGUGCGGGAGAACCUAGACGUACCUAGAGAAAACCCUUCUCUAGGCAUUUGAAGGUCCUCCAGCCAUGACUCUGUGGUCAAAUUCUGUCAGAUGUUGACCAUAGAGUUGCACUGGAGGACUUGGAGAGCCCUAGAGAGGUAUUCGCUUAGGUCAAAAGAAUAGUGUUUUUCCACAUUCACUCCGAACCCCAACAAAUGUGGAGGGACCCCCUUUGACCAUCCAACAAUCCCAUUUCCCCCUUAAUUUCCAGGCUUUAAAAUCCUCCUUGUCCCUAACUGUUCAUUGCAAUGGCCUUUUCUUCUCCUCCAUUUGCACCCUUCCUCCUUCCGUCUCUCCAUCUCCUCCAUGUUGCCAAAGAUUAGCAAAAUCCAGCCGAACAUCCUUUGCCCAUUUCUCUGGCUCCGAUCUAUGACUUCUCCUUCCCUUAUUCUACCAGUUUAGUUAGAUGUGCAAUUCUAGCCUAUUUUCCUCCAGCCGGUCUGGUGCGAAUGCAAGAAAAGGGAGAAUAGCUGGGCUAUUCCACUAUCUUUUAUUAGCUAGAAAGUUAGUUUGCUGCUUCUUUAUUUCGGUAAGCGAGGAAAUCGUUCUCCAAAGUGGGCCGGGGAGGUUAUAAUGGGGAAGAUGGUAUUUUAAAAAAGGAUUCGGUCGCACGCCAAAAUUUGUGCAACCGAAGAAACACUGAAAAUCUGAACUUUGGGGUGUUUUGCCUUCUUUGCUUUUUCUCUAGAUCGGCGACCGAAGAAUCGUACAAUGUUAAUCCUUCCUUUUCCUAACCUUUGCAAAGCUUCUCAAGAAAAUGUCAUGGAAAAUACAAAUUAAAUGGUCAAAAUGGUCAAAUCCGGUUCUGGAUUUUGGUGCAGAGAUGGGACGGGAAAUGUCAAACAUACACAUCUGUUGUUGUUGUUGUUUUCCAACACUUUUCUGUUCGGCUUUCCACUGGCAUUAAAUAGCGGUGAUUCGAAAUGCAA